AUGGAAGUUCUCGAUUCACGACAUACAGUAAUCACAAAUGCUGAAGUAUUGCGAUUGUUGCAGAAUAGACGCAAGCAACAAAAUGAACUUCCAAAAGAUCAACGGUCAAAGAUUCUUGGAACAGUUAUAUAUGAAACAAGUAAAUAUUUGCAAGGAACACCAGCUGUUACGCAAAAAAAUGCAGACAUUGAAAAAUUCAUUCGAGCAGCGGCGCCAUUUAAA